AUGUCAGCUCCUCCUGGCAAGAGAAAGGGUUGUUUCCAAUGUUCUAAACGUCGAAUCGUCUGCGAUAAUACCGAGCCCUCCUGUAUCAAGUGCCAGAAGAAAGGAAUUGAGUGCUCGGGGUCGGGGCGGAUUCGGUUCUCCAAUGGGGUGGCGCGUCGAGGGAAGUUGAAGGGAUGCACCAUUCCGGUGGCCGAUCUCUCGCCCGAAUCUGCUCUCGAGACGCAAGCACAAGCUGCAGCUGCCGCUGCACAUCCCCGCAAUAUAAGGUGGAAAGCCGACCAAUCAGCAGAUGCGAGGCGCAAGAAUGCGAAACGACGCGCGAAAAGAGAUGAAGGAGUCACGGAGACGCGAGCCACCCCGUGCGCUAACAACUCUCCUACACACGACGAUCCCAUUAGUCCAUACCCACUCGACGGAAAUCAUUUUGUAGAAGGCGAUCUAUGGGACCGACUCACAGAUACUUCUCCGCAACCUCAGUCUAGCCUGAGCGAAGUUGAUCUGACAGAUGAAGCCGUCGAGGAGGCUGUGGACCUGGCUCGAGUUCCUGUCCCUGUUGUGCAUGGAGCAAUCCAACCUUGGAUUGCGCCUCUGUCACCUCAAGCACGCAUGCUAAUGUCACACUUUGCCGAUCAAGUCGCUCCUGUCAUGGUCGUGUUGGACAAUGUCUCAAAUGGGUACCGUGAUGUUCUAUUACCUCUCGCCUGUGAGGAUGAAUUGUUACGGACAGCAGUAGGGGUUGUUGCGAGUCAACAUUUGGCUUUGUACAAUCCGAGUUUUCAGAGUGCGGCUGAUGAGGGCCGCGCGGUUAUCAUCUCCCGGCUGCGUCGAGACUCAUUACAAGCAUCACCCGAUCGGGUAUUCAACCUAUCUACUUGGGCCACCUUGAUUGUUCUUCUAGUGGGAGAAACCAUCACAGGAAGCUCGGAGUAUACCCACCUUCUGCAGACAUUGAUGUGUCUCAUUCAAAAUGUUGGACAAAUUGCACCAUCUGCGGCGCACGAUUUUCUCAACCAGCAAAGCCAUAUGUUUGAAUUUUUGGGUCAGCCGAUGCUAGGAGAGGCCCAUGGCGUUCAAGCUCUUCGCUUGCCGCUGGACCACUACCUGGAUUGGACCUACUAUGAUCUCCCGUCAGAUUCUGAACACAAUAAGCUCCUCCACAUAUCUCGAAUAGCUUUCAUCAAAGCUUCACAAAUAUAUCUUGGGCGAGUAACUUCGAAUCAAGACCAGUGGGCCCUUUUGGAAGAGCUCAAACAACUCGUUUCUCAGAUUGAUCCUGAGCAAAUGGGAUCCCAUGCUCUUGUAUGGGUCUGCUUUAUUGCCGCUGCGGAUAGCACUGAUCCAGAACACCGCCGGUUCUUCGUUGAUCGAAUGAACCGGGUCUUUACGAAAACAAAAUUUCACAACAUCUCCGCAGGAAUCCAGUCUCUGCCAGCGAUUUGGUCACAACAAGCUUCGGGUCGAUGGACUCAGAAUCUCGCCAAGCUAGCUCCCACUUUGAUCAUGUGA